AUGUCUACCGCCGCCACACUUCCUCAACAACCUCAACAUUUCCCACAACCUGAAGCCGCCCCCACUCCCACAUCCAUUCAUCCCUCUGAUUCCGAAACACCCUCGUCCUCUAGGGACUCCUCAAGGUCUAGGAAACAAAAGCAACAGACUGGUUUGCAACGAAUGUCGACAUUCUUUCCCUUGGGUUACAAAGAGGCCGCCUAUCAAUGGUGGACAAACCUCUCUCCUGCCGCGUCUGAACGCAAUGUCCUGAAUUAUGUCCCUUAUCUCAGGGAGGCCAUCGCCGACUCCGUCUCUAAUAAUAACCCCCAGGGUGUCAUCUCCAAGUCCGAUCCCUAUGGCCCUCGGAUAUGGCGCUCCACCAUGGUCGCCCUGUCUGGCAAGAACAGGAUUUUGAACGAGUACUCGGUCGAACGCGUCGAUGAGUCCCCAGACGAGACACUCGUCAUGCUCCACGGCUACGGCGCUGGCUUGGGCUUCUUCUACCAGAACUUUGAGCCUGUUACAAGGGUGAAAGGGUGGCGAUUGUACGCUCUGGACAUGCUAGGCAUGGGCAAUUCAUCGCGACCUGCUUUCAGAAUCAAGGCGAAGGACCCCGCGGAAAAGAUCCAGGAGGCCGAGGGCUUCUUUGUCGACGCGCUCGAGGAAUGGCGGAAGAUUCGCAAAAUCGAGAAAUUCACGCUCUUGGGCCAUUCCCUCGGAGGCUAUCUCGCUACGGCAUAUGCGCUCAAAUAUCCUGGUCAUCUGAACAAGCUCAUUCUAGCUUCGCCCGUCGGGAUCCCCGAGGACCCCCAUGCGACAAACGCUGAACUGCCCGAACCUCAAGACUCAACAAUGGCGCAAGAAUUCACCCAGAGCCAGGAGAGCAUCGUCCAGCAGGAUAGCAAUGCCGGGACUACAGAUGUGCGCGUCGGCAACAACAAAAUGAAGCAGGCCCCCAAGGCUCCACGCAGGCAACUCCCUGGCUGGCUUGUCUGGCUUUGGGACACCAACGCCGUUUCGCCUUUCAGUAUUGUUCGCUUGGGCGGUCCCCUUGGCCCGCGCUUCGUGUCCGGCUGGACAUCACGUCGUUUCAACCACCUGCCGCCUGACGAGGCCACCGCGCUCCACGAGUACUCGUACAACCUGUUCCGGCAAAAGGGCAGCGGUGAAUUUGCCCUGACAUACAUCCUCGCGCCUGGAGCUUACGCGCGAAACCCACUCAUCAACCGCAUAGAUGAGGUUGGUCGUCAGGUCCUCAAACCUGCUGCGGACGGCCAGCCAGAGAAGCGCGAGACCGGCUUUCCCAUCAUCUUGAUGUACGGAGACGGGGACUGGAUGGAUGUCGCUGGUGGAUUUGCUGCGGAGGAGAAGAUCAAGGCGCGAGCUGAGAAGGCCUUGAUGGAGGGCACCGAGCAGGAGAGGAGAGAUGAGAACGGAAGUGCGAGGACAAUCGUCGUUCGAAAAGCCGGUCAUCACUUGUACUUGGAUAACCCGGAUGAGUUCAACAAGUACAUUGUGAAAGAGCUGGAAGAGACGAGGGAUUACAACCGAAGGAGGAAGUCACAGGGUCUGUCCGUCUAG